AUGUCCAAAAGAACGGUAGACGACCAGGGAACCCUGGAAUCUCUCAAAGCGGGUCAGCGGCCCGAAGCAGAUGCCAAUGGCGAGCCAGCUCUGGACUUUGAGGAUGAAUUCGAAGAUGAAUUCGAAUCGGAGGACGAAAUCAUGGAAGCCGGUGUGGAUGGUCGGCCAGAUGCAGAAAGAGAAGCAGAACAGUCGCAAGAUGCCAUGGAUGUGGACACAACCGAGGAGACCUUCAUACCAGGCCGGUCAAUAUUGCAGCCAGGAAUGACUUUGAGCCCCGACCCUUCCACCUACGAAAUGCUUCAUACCCUGUCCACGACCUGGCCUUGUCUAUCCUUUGAUGUCGUAAAGGACAACCUGGGAGAUCAAAGGAAGCAAUAUCCACGAACAGUAUACGCAGUUGCAGGCACACAAGCCGAGUCUUCAAGAGCCAAGGAGAACGAGUUAUACAUACUGAGAUUGAGCAGUCUGGCAAAGAUGGACAGAGGAAACGCAUCGGAUUCUGAAGAUGACGACGACGAUUCGGAUGACGAGGUCACCUCAGAUCCAGUGCUUGAGUCGCGAUCCAUUCCUCUACCUAGCACAACCAACAGGAUACGAAGUUUUCAGCCUGCGAACGAAUCCCCCGACCUGACUCAGAUGCCACAGACGCUUACAGCGACGUCACUCGAGAAUGGCCAGAUUCUGAUACACGACAUCACACCAUACUUGCAGUCUCUGUCGAAUCCAGGCUCGACGAUCGCCCCAAAUGCAUCCAAACCUCUCAGUACCCUACGCAUGCACAAGACAGAAGGCUAUGCUCUCGACUGGGCACCGAGCUCUUUACAUCCCAAUGGGCGACUUUUGACCGGUGACAACGCGGGAAAGAUCUUCAGCACGCAGCGGACCCAGGGCGGUGGUUGGGCCACCGACGACCGCCCAUUCGUAGGACAUGCAGGUUCAGUCGAGGAACUCCAAUGGUCGCCAAACGAGAAAUUCGUCUUCGCGUCCGCCAGUUCGGACGGCACAGUCAAAGUCUGGGAUGCCCGGAGUAAGAGUCGAAAACCCGCUGUAGAUGUCAAGAUCAGCAAUACCGACGUCAACGUCAUGUCUUGGUCACGACAGACUUUUCAUUUACUUGCUACAGGCGCUGAUGACGGUCAGUGGGCCGUUUGGGAUCUGAGGCAGUGGAAACCGCAGUCAUCUGGAAGCCCACAGCUCAAGCCGAGCCCUGUGGCCGAUUUCAACUUCCACAAGAAGCCAAUUACUUCAAUCGAAUGGCACCCCACGGACGACAGCGUGGUUGCGGUGGCCUGUGCAGACAACACGGCGACUUUGUGGGACCUUGCUGUUGAACUGGAUGACGAGGAAUACGGCAGAGAGGCAGGGUUAGGACUGGGAGAAGGCGCCGAAAAGGUGCCUCCUCAGUUGCUCUUUAUCCAUCAUGUCGAAGAUGGGAAAGAACUCCACUGGCACCCGCAAAUGCCUGGCACGGUUAUGGUCACCGGAGGAAGUGGUCUUGGAGUGUUCAAGACAAUCAGCGUAUGA